GAUUUUAUUGCGAUACCACAGUUUAAAACCAAGAAGGCAUGGCUGAUUGUUACAGUGAUUAAACAUAACAGUUAGCGUCAUUACUUUAAAAACAAUGCAAAAAGCUUUUUGAUCUCAGUGACGAUACCAGAAACAAGUAAAAAUAAUAAAUCCAUCAUGUCUUAGUGCUUCUGUAUGAAAUGAAGUCUCACUUCCUAAAUAUACAUUUCUUCAUAUCUUCCUAAGCAGUAUUGUGUUAGUGGUAUUUAGCAGAUAAGUGCAGUUAGUGUUUCCAACAAUGCUUUCUUAAAACUUCAUUAGUCAUUAAAACAGACAAAUAACACAGAUAUAUACUGUACAUGUUAGUGCAUAAACUGGAAGCUAAAUGAGCUAUAAAAAAAUGUGAAAUGUGAUAUGAAAAUAUAUGCACUAAUACAAAACAAAAAAUAAAGUAAAUUAGUAAAUCAUUAGUAAAUGCAGCUGUGGGUCCUUUUAAAGCAACAUUUCACUUCCAAUUUUGUAAUUUCUCACAUCGACAUUUAAAGAAUGGUUUCAUUCAUAGUAGUUGCCUCUGGAAUACAUUCAGGAGCAGCGUAACUGGCCAUAACACUUGCAAAGUAGGAUAAGAGUUUCAGAUUAUGGCAGGAAAACCACAGGAAGCAUAAUCUCCACAGGAAGCUCAUUGUUCAUUCAAGGAUUUGCAUUACUAAUAACACAUAAGAAUUGGCUGCUCGACAAAAACAAUAUAUUUUGCAGCAAAAUUAAAUAUGCUUCAGACAGGCACCGAUUUAAGAAAAUCUACAUUUGGCUGGUAGCUUUCAAUCAAAAAUCCUACACCUGCUGUAGUGCAAUAAUGAGGCAACACAUUUUACUCUAGUUUGCAUUACCCUGUAACCCAUUUGCAUUAACAGCAGAUAUGAGUGACGAAACGCAGCAACAACUUUACCUCACAAAUAGAGCAAUAUUUUCCAACAUUUUGGAAGAGCUUUAAGACAAAUUCAAAUGAUGGAAUACACAUAUAAAUGUAACCACAUAUAACAAAUAGCUAUAUUUAGAAGCUUAAAAAAGUAAACAGCUAUAUAUUUUCAGUAAGGCCUCAUUAUCCUUCUUCAUAUUCAGUUUCCAAAUCCCCUUCAGGUUCACGGUUGGGGUCUUUGUGGUUGUCUCAAUUUGGCCUUAGGUGUAGACAACACAUUUAAAUAAGUUUAGUCAAUGUUGAUGAUCCAUGUCAGAGCUCGGACAGAUAUCUCUGGCACCUCCACCAGCGACAUGUAUCCUCUUUCCCCAGUGCAGAUAUUUGUAGAUGGAGUCAAACACUGACACCGUGUAGCGUGCAAACAGGCUGGUCCACUUCACUGCGUCCACCAUCCACUGCACUGUGCGCCCCACAAAGGCCACAAACACUGUGGUGUAGUGAAACAGCAGCAGCAGACUCCUCCCAAGCUGCUUGCCAUGGUUGAUGAUCAUGAUCAAACUUUGUUCAUGUCCUGCCAUCAUUAUACUGUUUGGAGGUUAAUUUAAUGUUUUAAAAAAAAAAGUAUAUUAAAUGCAGAUACUCCCUAGAAAGUACACGCCUGUCAAUUUGCAGACAGUCCCUUAUACACGCAGAUCGCGGCUGUCCAAUCAGAACACAGGAAAUGUUGUUUCCGGGAAUGUUUGGUGAUGUGGCUAUGCUCUGACAUCCAUCCGAGGAAAUAUAUCACAUAAAAAGCAGAUACAUUCACCUGGAAAGCACUCGAACAGUGGCAUCUUUAUGUUCAGCCGUCUGGCCACAGUCCUCCAGGAGCUCUCUGGAGAGGAGGGCCAAGAUGGAGACCCACAGCAGGGCAUGCUGGUGCCUCAGCUCCCCGCCGGUGAGGGCCAGGCUCCAGGGGAGUCAGAGGCCCCUGAGGAGGCCUUGGAGAGGCUGGCUCAUCUGGAACAACUGGUGGUCCAGCUGAAGGAGCUCAUCCGAGAAAAAGACACUGAGCUGUCUGACAAAGAUGCAAAGCUCAAGAAUGAGAAAGACGAAGCUGAGGCCCGCUUCACCAAACUCAAACUGCAGGCCAAAGCCAAGAUGGCUUCACUCAGCAAACAGAUCACUGAGCUGAAAGGACAAGGAGGGGCACCGCAGAGUCCAGACAGCUCUUUCACUGGAGCCGGUCCUGCAGUCGAGGAGGAGCUCCAAGAACUGAGGAACAGGCUGAGGGAGGAGGAGGCGAACAGCAGAGAGCUGCAGGAGCGACUCCAGACCACAGAGAAAACCCUUCAGGACAAGGAAUGUGCCCACGCUGAACAGUUGCAGAAACUGCAGGCUGUGGUCUGUGAGAAGGACGUGCGUUUCCAGGAACAGAUCCAGAAACAUGAAGAAGAGCUGCUGGGGGUCACAGCACAGUCUCAGAGUGACGGCCAGCUUCAGCAGGCCCUGAAUGCAGCACAGAGGCGCUGUGAGGAGCUCGAGGAGGCCUUCAACUCUCGAUCCCAAGUGCUGGAAAUGCUGCAGCAGGAAGUGAGCAGCGCUGAUCAACAGAAACAGAUCCUGACUGCUCAGUUCCGGCAGAUGGAGCAGGAGCUGGCCGAGGCCGCCCUGCAGCGGGAGGAGGAGAGGCAGCAGUGGAGCGGACAGGCCAGCAGGGCCGAUGCAGAAGUGGCAGCCCUCAGAUCCAGCCUGGAGGACUUGGAAAGGGACAGGGCGGAGCUGGUGAGGCAAGAUGGUGAGCUGGCCGCUUUGAGAGAGGCAGAGCAUGGGAAUGUGGAAGCUCUGGAGAGGGAGAGGAUGGAAUUCGCCAGAUUGGAGAGAGAGCUGUCUCUGAUGAAAGAGGCUGAAUUCGCAGCUGUACAAGCCAGCCAUGAUGCUUCAGAGAGCGACAGGGCGGAAAUACUGCGGCUUGAAAGCGAGCUUGCAUCCCUGAGAGAGGCUGUUGUUCAUUCCAGCGAGGACGCUUCAGAGAGGGAGCAAUCAGAAGUAGAUAAGCUGGAGCAGGAGCUGGCCUCACUGAAGGAGGAACAUGAAGAUGCCCAGAAGAAGGGGGAGGUCUUGGCUGAGAUUUGGAAACAUCUUCGGUUUUUGGCUGUCGAGGAUGAGCAAGCAGCGGAGGAAGUCCCCGUCCCUUCUGACCUCUCCCUGUUCCUGGACACUGUGCAGACUAUUGAGACACAACUGACCAGGCUGAGAGAGGAACGCAGUGAGAGCGAGGAACGCUGUGCACAUCUCACCCACACCAUGGAAACCCUUCAUGAUCAACUUGACAGAAAUACCACAGAACAUGAGGAAACCGCUGCCAGGGUACAACAGCUGGAGCAUAACAUUAUAACAACACCUGAAAGAGAUGAUGUGACUGAACCAUCGGGCCAGGAUUCAACUGAAGCUAAGCAUGAGCACAUACUGGAACUAGAGCAGCAGCUUUUAGAAAGAGACAAUGAGCUGCUGGCCUUGCGAGAGUCCCUCAGACAGGCCACUGAGCAGAGCGCCAGUGGGGUAGCAUCGUCUGAAAACUACGAACAGACCCCAGAUCAGGGUCAGGAUGCAGAUACGCCCCCCCAUGACAGUUCUGCAGCUCUUUCUGGCUUCAUGGAGGAUUCACGUGACGACGAAACCACCUUAGUUGCCGAAGACACGUCAGUCUUCUCCAUGUCUGCUGGUACUGAGAGCAGCCCAGAGCUCAUCGGAGACCAGUCUGAGUCCCCGGAAGAAUCCAAAGGAGCCUCCUCAGAUGAGAUGGUGGCCAGUAGUGAUUCAGAGGUGGCCCACAGCAGCUGGACCCUCCUGGAAGCUUUGAAUCAAGAUGGAGGCCAAGAGUGGCCGUCCAACCUGCAGGACUUUAGCCAGCUGCAGUCCUGGGAGGCGACGAGCAUGGAGCAGGAAACCUCCACAGUUCAAGUAGAGUCCUCCUCUGUCAUUAUCAGAGAGACGGUUCAAGUUCACGUGACUCAGCAGAGUUCUUCCACCACAGAGGGCAUUAUAUCCUCUGGUCAGGUCUUUGCUCAGGCUUUAGCAGAGGAGCUUCAGAAGAGGUACGGUGAGAUUCUGGCUGAGCUUCAGGGGCUCAGAGAGGCAGCUGCAGAGUCACAGGAGAACAUCAAGAGCUUGGAAGAAGAGACACAGUAUCUCACUGCUGCCAAAGAAGAAGCAGAAUCCCAGUCCAAUCGUUUUGAAGAGGAACUUCAAUCCACCAGAGAGGAGAUGGAAAAGCUCUCUCAGAACAGCAGCUCUGGGGUGGAGAAAUAUGGUGUUGAAAUGCAGCUUCUAGAAGAACAGAUAGACAUUUUGAGCAGUGGAAGUAAAACUAAGGAAGAGAGGAUCCAGGCCCUGCAGGCAGAUCUGGAAACAGCUCAACAAGCUUUCUCAGAGCAGGAGGGGCAUGUCAGGAUGCUCAGUGCUCAGCUGGAGGACAGGGAGCUUCUCUCCUCUGAGCUCCAAAGGAGACUCCAAGAGAUCGAAAACAGCAUGUUGGAAUCCUCUCAGACAUCAGAGCUCAACAAUGACACUCUAUCAAAGAAGGACACGGAGAUCAGCGAGCUGCAACUCCUUCUCGGACAAAAGGAGCAAGAAGCGACGGAGCUCAAUGACAGUAUGUCAGCAAAACUCCUCCAAGCAGAGGAAGAGAAGUUCCAGAGAAAUGGUGAAGUCAAAUCGCUGAAGGAGCAGAUAGUAGACUUUGAGAAGGUCAGAGACGAGAAACAGAAAGAGACUUCUGAAGACUCAGGCGCUCAGGUAGAUGAUGAACUCACUAGUGUGCGAAAGGAGAAAGGAGUGCUGGAGACCCAACUGAUGACCACCAAGAAGAAGUUGCAGGCUGCACUUGUGCAACGCAAAGAGCUCAUGAAGAAGGUUGCUGAUUUCGAUGUAGAAGUGAAGACAUUGAAAGAGCGAGAGGUUGAAACUCCUGCAGACAUCCCAGAGGCAGAGCAAUCCAGAGGGCAGGAGAUCCAGGAAAUGGAGGCCAAACUCCUCGAACUCCAACAAACUUUGAGAACCAAAGAAGAGGCGGUCGAGGCCCUCGAUCUGAAGAUGACUCAACAGGAUCAAGUUCUCACUGAAACACUGGCUGUGAAUAAAAAGCUAAUUGAAGAAGCUGAAAACUCUCAGCAGGCUGACGGUCCCCCUGAAAUAACUGCGUUACAGUCCCAACUGGCCUCUCUUGAAGCAGAGUGCGAAACCCUUCAGAAGAAAGUUCAGGAGGCUCAAGAAUCUCGCAAGGAAACCAUCCGCAAAGCCAAAGAGAAAGACAGGCACCACCGGGAACAGCUGAAGCAGCAGAAAGAAGAAUACAGCGAGCUCGUAGAACGAUCUGAGGAGCAGAGCGCGGAGAGAGAAGUGCUUCUGACUAAGUUGAGAGAAUUAGAAGAACAAAUAAGCACUGAACCUCCCAAAGAGGCCAAGCAACUGGCUGAACACAUGGAAAAGCAAGCAACAAGUGAUUGGGUCCAGGAGGAAUGGGUGGAUUUUGCCACGUCAGAGACAGAUUCAUCACAGCCACAAGCAAGUCAUCCGGUCCAGCAACCUGCAGAGCAGUCGCUCUUUUCUGAACAAAUAGAUGAGUCUUUGCAAGCCCUCAGAGCAGAAAUCCAGAGCGUGCGGAUGGCUAACGCAGAGCUAGAGAAGCAGCUGCUGGAAACCCACACCAGUUUGUCAAUGAAGGAGGCUGAAUUAUUGGAGCUGGGCGAAGAGCUGCAGGCACUACGAGAAAAGGAAAGACAGAUUGAUGCACUCUCAGAGGAAGUGAAUGACCUCAGAGAAAAGUUUCACCAAGCUGAGGCUUACGCUGAAACCCUGAAAGCAGAGAUGGAAAUUGCAGCAAAAGCAACCUCUGAAGAUUCUACCACCUCCAUCACAACUCUUCAGGCCGAGGUGGAGGACUUCAAGGAGUUCCUCGACAAUAAGAACCUUGAGAUCAUGGAGCUAGGUCAGCAGCUUAGCGAGCAGAAGUCUCUCAUACACUCCAUGCAGGACACGGUGUCUCAGAAGGAUCAGCUGAUAGUUUCUUUGCAGGAAGAACUGAAUGCUGAGCAAGAAAAAUCCCAAAGGUUAGAGGUCGAGGUUCCACAGAAGCAAGAGGAAGGAAAAGACAGCGAGGCAAAGGUCCAGCAGCUCCAAAGGAAACUUCAGGCUGCUUUGAUUUCUCGCAAAGAGGUCUUAAAAGAAAACAAAACCAAAAAGGAACAGCUGGCUGAAACUGAGAAGCUCAUUAAAAAGCUGAAGCACAAAAUGGAGUCCGCUGAAAAUGAGCUGGAGAAGCUGAGAGCGGAAAGAGUCAGACUGAUUGAUGAAGUUGACCGGACAUUAGUGGAAAACCAAAGCUUAGGAUCGACCUGUGAGAGCCUCAAGCUGGCCAUGGAGGGCGUAGUGAGUGAGAAAGACGCCUGUAAGAGGGAAGUGGAGCUGGCCAAAGAAGAGGCCGCCAAAGCCUGCAGAGAAUGGGAGGAGAAGGUUCAAGGCAUGAAGGACGAGUACGAGACUCUGCUCAAGUCGUACGAAAACGUGAGCGACGAGGCCGAGCGAGUGAGGCGAGUCCUGGAAGCCGCCCGGCAGGAGAGGAAGGACCUCGCGACCAAGGUGAGGGCCCACGAGGCCGGGAGGCAGGAAGCUGAGAGGCAAGGAGAAGAGGCACAGAAAGAGGUGGAUUUGGUGAAAGACAAAAUGAGAAAGUUUGCCAAAGGAAAGCAGCAGAAAAUAAUGGAGUUGGAGGAAGAGAAUGAGAGACUCAGAGAGAUGCAGGACAAGACCGUGGUAAAGCGAGAGGGAAGGACUCUCAAAGCAGAGGCUGAAAGACUUCAGGAUGAGCUGGGGGCUUUGAAAGCUGACUUGGAUUCUACUGUGGCAGAAAGAGACUCGUUAGGGCAGCAGAUUGAGGAACUGAAGGAACAGCUUGCCCAAACAGGACCGACAGAGGACACUAUAACUAAUGCAGCUGUUGAAGAAGAGGUAGUCACUGCCCAGCAAUCAGAUAUAACCAUGACCACAGCAGAGCCUGUUGAGAGUCAGAAUGAAGACAAAGAAACACAAGCUGAACAAAUAGCUGCAGCGCCUGCACCAGAAACACACUCUGAGGAAAAAUCAGAAAUGACUGAAAGUGUUUUAUUAGAGGAGAAAAUGAGGGAGAUGGAAGCAGCUGUCAAUUCAGAGAGGAAACUGUGGCAGGAACAGGAAGCUCGACUCAAAGCGGAGCUGGGCUCUCUUGAGCGAGAUCUCCAGGAGAGUAAAGAGAAGGGGAGCCUGGUGGCCUCUCUGGAGAAGUGCCUCCAAGAGGGCAAAGAGAGAGAAAGGAGCCUGGUGGAGGAGGGUGCCAAGAGGGAGGCGCAGUUCAAAGAGCUGCUCAGGAGCCUGGAAGCCGAGAAGGACAACCUGGAGGAGCGUCUGAUGAACCAGCUGGCCCAGCUCAACGGCAGCAUCGCAGACUACCAGCAGGAGGCGGCGGACAACCGGGAGCAUUUGACCGAGCUGCAGCGGGAGGUGGAGCGGUUGGCGAGGGAGCGGGCCGAGUUGGAGGCCGAGGCGCAGAGCGAGAGCGACCGGGCCGCCAGGCUGGAGGAGGACAUGAGGCAAGCACAGAGAGAGAGAGCCGAAGCAGAAGCAGAGUCUGGUAAGCAGAGGGAGCUGGAGCAGCAGCUGAGGUCCGCUCAGAGGGUCAGGGAAGGCAGCCAGAGCAGAGCGCGGCAGCUGGAGGAGCUGCUGAGGGAGAAGCAGCUGGAGGUCCGGCAGCUGCAGAGGGACUGCAUCAAGUACCAGGAGAGGAUCAGCGAGAUGGGUAGAGACGCUAAGGCGCUGCAGCAAGGUUACAACGAGCUCCAGAAUAAGCUGGAACAAUCCCAACUGGAGACUUCGAAAACUUUAGAANUGCUUAAGUCCGGGGGUCCGGGGACUCACGGUGUGCAAGGUUAUGGAGGUGCCCAUAGUGGAGGUCCAUUGCCUCUAAAUAGGGUCAGGGAAGGCAGUCAGAGCAGAGCGCGGCAGCUGGAGGAGCUGCUGAGGGAGAAGCAGCUGGAGGUCCGGCAGCUGCAGAGGGACUGCAUCAAGUACCAGGAGAGGAUCAGCGAGAUGGGUAGAGACGCUAAGGCGCUGCAGCAAGGUUACAACGAGCUCCAGAAUAAGUUAGAACAAUCCCAACUGGAGACUUCGACAACUCUAGAAGACCUGAAAAGGACAGAAGCAGAGUGUGAUAGCUGUAAAUCUCAGCUGGAUGAGUCCCGGAAGCAGGCAAGCGUAGCUAUCGUGGAGAGGAGUACCAUGGAGCAGAACGCCCAACACAGAGAGGCCUCGAUGAAGGCAGAGGCGGAGCAGACCCUGGACUCUGUGAGGUUCAGACUCGGAGGCGAACUGAAGGAGAUGGAGCUGAGACUGGACGAGGUGGACAGAGAGCGGGACAAGGAAGAGGAAGCGACCCUCGAGGCCAGAGAGGUCGCAAGAGCAGCCGAGAGACGAGCCCAGGAGCUGCAAGCCCGUCUGGACGAGUCUCUGGCCAGGUUAGCUGCCUUCUCGCGCUGCAUGUCCUCACUGCAGGACGACCGAGACAGAGUUUUGGACGAGACCAAACAAUGGGAGACUCGCUUCAGUGACUCUCUGCAGGGUAAGGAGGCCGAGGUGCGGGAAGCUGAGACACGAGCAAAGGAUCUGGCAGAACAGCUCCAGAGAGAAUCUGCUCUGAAGCUGCAACUUCAGCUAUCAGUUGACAGGCUGGAGAAGGCAGAGAAAGAUUUGAAGCUGAAACUGGAAGGGGAGGAAAAGAAAGUGUCAGAGAGCCAAGCCGCCCUAGAGGAGGUGAAAAACAAGCUGCAGCAAACCACCUCCGAGCUGCAGGCUGCACAAAGUGAAGCUCACGCUCUGACAAGAGAGGCCGAGAGUCUCAACCAGAGGGCCAGAGCUCUGGAGGAGGCUGUCGGGCGGCUGCAGGGUGAAGUGGACCAAGCCAGGACAGAGCUGAGUGAGCGGGAGGCCGAAGAGAGGCGGCUGUGUCUGAACGUGGAGCAACUAGAGACAGACCUGCGCUCCUCUAAAGCCCUGACAGAGAGUCUGCAGACUGAGUUAAAUGAGAAGGAAAGGAGAGAAGUGGAAAUGCUGGGAGAGAAGGAGCAUGCUGUUGCUCAGGCUGCAGAGGAGGCUAGAAAGGAGGCCGACAGCAGGGCAAAGGAAGCCGAGGAGGAGCUGGAGCAGAGGAGAGGGGAGCUGAGGGAUCUGGAAGAAAAACUGCGAAAGGCUGAAGAGGAGAGCAACAACAGAAAAACCAAACUGGACUCUUUCAUGAAGGCCAUGGGCUCCCUGCAGGAUGACAGAGACCGAGUGCUCAACAUGUACAAACAGCUGGAGGAGAAACACCUGCAGGUGAUGCUGGAGAAGGACGGUCUGAUCCAAGAGGCGGCAGGGGAGAACAACAGCCUGAAAGAAGAGCUGCGCUCUCUGCUGGUCCAGAGAGACGACCUGUAUGCUGAAAGGUCUCAGCUGUCCGCUCAGCUCCACGGCUACCGCGAUGAACUGAACCAAGUCCUGAGCAUGAAGGACUCGCAGCACAAGCAGCUUCUGGCGGCUCAGAGAGCGCGCAUUGCGGAAUUAGAAAGUCAGGUAAAGAGUGUAAUCAGAGCCGGAGAGACGGGAGCGGAAGCAGUGAAAGUGGAAAGGGAGUCUCUAAGCCAGGCUGCACCACAGGUGAUAGAUGCUCCCGGUGCAGAGGUGGAGAAGCUAAGGGAGCAGCUGCAAGCAGCCAGAGAGCAAGUGGAGGCUUUGGAGGAGAGAUUACAGACGGAGAGACAGGAGCAGCAGGGCAGGAGCAAAGAGCUGUCAGAGCUGCGAUGGGAGGGGGGGGUGAUGCGGACAGAGUCAGAGAACGCUCAGGAGAGGGUGGCGGAGCUGGCCAGAGACCUGCUGGCUGUGGAACAGAGUCUGCUGGCAGAGAGAGAGAUGACCACGCAGCUGAGAGCAGAGAACCAGUCCUUCUCAAAAGCCAUGGCCUCCCUGCAGGACAGCAGGGACCAGGCUCUGAACAAGGCCCAGGAACUGAGCCUGAGACUGGAGGAGAUGAGUAAAGCAGGGGGCGUCCCAGUACCCAGCAGCCCCGGGGGCUCCACUGGAGAAGUGUGGGGUCUGAAGAAUGCACUACAAGCCCUGCAGAAUGACAGGGAGAGACUGCUGGAGCAGCUUCAAACACAGGCGACUGAGCUCAAGAAGCUGAAGUCAGAGCUGGCUCGACUUGGAGCCGGAGAACUAAUUAAAGUCAGCCAGGAGCUGUAUGAAGAGAGGAAGAGGAAUGAAGACAUGCUCAGUAUCAUCAUGCAGCUGGAGAAUGUGGCGGAAAUGGGCAAACAGCAGAUAGAAACUCUCAGACUGGAGCGUAUGGACUGGAUGGCUCAGGCGGAGCAGCUGAAGCAGCAGACCCUCACCACUCUUUCAGAGAGAGACCAACAACUGCGGCAACUCAGCGCCAUGCUGGAGGAGGCCCGCACUCAGAAGCCCAAGCUCCAGCAGGAACACUAUCAGAGAGAGGGAACAGAGGAAGUGGACAGCGCUCCUGGAGCCCCACAGGAGCGUAGCAGCCUGUCAGACAGCCAUGCAUACAUAGCCGAGGUCAAAGAGCUGCAGGGAAGGCUAGAUCAAGAGAUGCAGCAGAGAGUGGCCGCUGAGGAGCAGCUGAUGGCCACACAGGAUCAACUCAAACGUCACAGCCAGGGUACAUGGCACUCGGCACAGGAGGAGGAUCACUCGGAGACGGCUGUUUUUAUCGAGCAGGAAGGAGCCGUCACUCGAGCUCGGAGAGGCGGCCCCAGCUUGAUGCGGAUGCUGCGGGGGGCUUUCUGCUCCCGCCAGCGCACCCCUCUGCUGCUCAGCCUCUAUCUGCUCACUGUGCACAUCCUGCUGCUGCUGUGUCUGGGCGGGCUCCUCUGAGAACCGCUCCCUUUAAACACCUGACCAAUAGGAUCUAGAGUUAGAGAGAGGAGGGGAAAGGGAAUGGAAAUUUGACGCAGACCUAACCCAAGCCACCCAUCUGUUUUUUUUAAUGUCAUCAAUUAUAAAAAGGUGUGUCGGAGGCUCUCCACACACAUUGCACUUUACAGGACUUAAUGCUGCAUUCAUGCGCCCCUCGGAUAAUCCACAGAGUUGGGAAGUCGUUCUUCUGCCUUUAUUAGCUUUAAGCCGUUAUGUGAAAACAACAAGGCGUUUUGAGUGAUCAGAAGACUAGAAAGACUUAAUAUAAAGUCCAUUUAACAAUUACCAACAUGGACGUUACAGAGACAAUUUAGUAUUUUAUUAAUUCAAUAAAGCACGACACGCUGAUAGCAAUAUACUUUUCCUGUCACUUCACGUGAACAGCAAAUUAUGGUAUAACCAUAUUACAAAUAACAUGGGAGCAGAAAUCGAUAAGCAAUGUGUUUAAUUAUUUAAGUUUCUUACUGUAUCCCAACUUUUACUUCUGUAAAAUGUUACUGCUUUAGAUAUGAGCGUUAUUGUCUCAUGACAUGAGAUUAUGAAGUUGUGUACUGUCCUAAAAUAACAUAACUCCAUUUUAUUGUUCUGUCUUCAAGGGAGCUAAGGAAACUUCCGAUUAUUCCCAAUAACAUGAACACAGCAUUUAUAUUUUAUCCAAAGUAUUUAAAUGUAUUUAGUUUGUUGUUAAUGGUUUUAAUUAUGUUGCUUGUGUAUGACUUCAAGGGAAACCCGAGAAGGAAGGACACAGGAGACUAAGUUUGCUUUCUGAAGUGUGUCAUGAUGGUGUUCUUUAUGUGCCUUUUUAUAUUGGAUUUAAAAGGGUCACUUCAAGUACGGACUUACCAGUUUGGUCAAUUUCACCGAGUUCUAUUAAAAUGUUUGGCUGUUGAGUGAUGGAAACCUUCCAUCCACUUGCAGUGAACUAGCGUAUUUGUCAAAAUGUCCAACUAUAAUUUGAAGAUGGCUUGAGGUUCAGGACAUGCUGUUAUAAUCCAGUCUCCUAUUCUACUCAUUUCAUGCACAAAAUCGGAGCACAGUGCAAUAUUUUCUCGUACACAUUCCUGUAGUGUGUUUGCUUUUCUUUUCCUCUUAUAUAAAUCACGAGAAAGGGGAGCAUUAUAGUGAUAUUUGUUAUUAUGUACGUAAGGUGGAAUUGGGUAUUCCCUCCUAAAUGAACAUGUCCAAUAAGAUCCCCUCCCGUUCAGGCUUCUGUUGCACCGAUUUAGAUUUUACAGUUUGCUCUGUCAUUUUUACAGCAGGUGAACAAUGUUACCGCAGUGUGGAUCCAUUCCAGAGGAGAAAGACUGCCGUGUUUCCUAUCAAUAUCCAUCCCAUUGUAAUCCACUCUAAUGUAGCAUCAUUUAAUGCCAUAGUAGUCAGAAUGAUCCACAUGUAUACUGACAUCAUCCUCUUGAUUCCUGUUUAUUUAAUCGCUGAGUGUUGGUGAAGGAUCUGUGCGCAUCUUCUUUUAACGUUUAUGUUCUUCAUGUGUUACACACUGAAAUAUACUUUAACUGUAAAUAACUUUAAAAAGGGCUGUAUAGAAAACUAAAAUGUAAUAAAAGUGAUGGUGGUUUAGAUCAGGGACAGAUGUUGUCAAGCAUUAAUUAUUUUUUCUCAUUUGUGUAGAAAAACCACAUUGGUAUAUUUUAAAUUACUGUAGUACUUUUGUCAGUUAAUGGUUUUAUUUAAUUCAUUAAAUAAAUUAAAAACGUUAUCCAAUGAUUGAGCAAACAUUUAUAAAUGUUGAAGUGACAUAACAACUGUGAUAUUUUAACAAUUGAACUGCUGGUUUUAAAACAUAAUGCUUCUCUGUGGGACUUUUUGUUAAGUUACUUUCACUUUCAAAGAUUAAACACAUCA